GAGCCCGUGGAACAGCGUGUGACCGUAGACUGAAAGUUAUCGUUUAUGUUUGCAAUAUUUGUGUCCGCAUGAGUGUUAAGUUAAAACACGCUGCUUUUGUGACGGUUUUACAGUUUUGAUGCUUCUUACUGGGUGCGGUUGUAUUUUUUUACGAGGAGCACCUGAAGGCAGCCCUUCUCCAAGGAACAGUGCAGCUAAAGUAGUGUAGUAGUAGUAGUAGCGGUAACACAUGUGAAAAAAAUAGCCUUUAUCUAAACCUUUUUAGGUAAUUUCCAACAUUAUGAACUUAUAUCUGAAGCAAGGAUAUUAUUUUACUCGGAAAAGUAACCAAUAGCCCGUUAUCUUUUUUUUUUUAAUCUGGUAGGCGUGUUUUGUUUUCUAAAAGUUAAGCAGCGGUUUAUUAGUUUGCUAAAAAUGCCAACAGAAGUAAAGCAGAGGAAGAAAACUCAAAAACUAAAUGAUGAAGUGACGGAAACUGCAAAAGAUGAAGCGCAGAAAGUAAAAACAGAAGACAAGACGGGAGGAAAUAAAGCGUCUUCACGUCUGGACAUUAAAAGUGUGAUGUGUUUAAUGUCGCUUGCUGCUUGCGGGGCUUUGAGCUGGGUGGUGCUGCAGCAAAAUGAGAGGUUUUCCCACAUUGAGGAAAAGUACAAAUCACUGCAUGGAAAAGCUUCCAGUCUGUUCGACAUGGAGGAGGAGAUUGUCAGAGUUUCUAAAAAGCUCGCCACCUCUGAAGACGACUUGCAGGCGGCGCUCUCCACCGUCUCCUUGGCAACAAGACUCCAGCAGGACAUCUCCACCCUACACGCCGCCGUCAUGGCGAUGCAGGCCGACGAGAACUCCGCAUCCCGGGACUUGCAGACGGUCAACGCCCACUUCCUUAACGUGACGGAGACGUGGCAGCAGCGGCUGGCCGUCGUCACCUCAGACCUGUCUGCCCUCAAGGCCGAGUCCAGGGAGGCUCAUGCAGGAGCCACUGAGCGGGUGAACGAGGCCGAGCGGAGGGCCCGGUCGCUGGCGGAGAGGCUGGAGGAGCUGGAGGACAGCACCAAGAGGAACACUCGAGCUCUGGAGCGCACCGAGGAGAACGACGCCAAGCGAGCGCAGAAUCAGCUGGACUGGAACACCGAACAGAUCCACAAGCUGGAGGAGCUGAUCGGCAGCCUGAGCAGGAGGGAGGCCGAGCUGAACUCCCAGCUGCAGGAGCACAUUCCCCGAGCACAGCAGUGUGAGGAGCACCUGCCGCAGGUGGAGGAGGCGGUGCGCUCCAUCCUCAGACUGGGCGGAGAUCUGAACGCGGCGGAGAAGAGGCUGGAGGAGGUGACGCUACAGGUGUUUGGGACCGAGGACAGCAUGCUGAAAGCGCUGAACGAAAUCCUCGAGAUCAGGCAGGAGCUGGACACCCUGCAGGCUCACAACAGCAUCCUGAAGAUGAAGAAUGAGCUGUCCGUGGUCAAAGAGGCGGUCCAUGAACUCACCAUGGUGUUGAGGGAAAGUAGAGUGGACAGCCAAGCGGACGUGGACCCUCUGGAGGAAGAGGGAUGGAAAUACGAAGAUGAGGAGGAGAUGUGGGAAAAAGAUGAGCAGGACGAAUCAACUCAACCUCUUCUAGAUGACUUCACUGAGUGAGGUCAUUGUUUUGUCAGCUAGGGAGAAGGAGUGGCGAUUUCGUAUCGUAUUAUGUGCUGUAAAAGGCCUUAAAUGAAGUUUAAUAUUAAAGUUCUGCUACGUUUGUACCUCAGUUCAGCGUCAUUGUGAAAGUAGCCUGUUGUCAACAUGCACUGUAGUACAGCACACACAUUUAACUUCCUGUACUAUUUUUAUAAAACACUUCAUUAGUCUCUAGCUGCCCAUUUGCAGUUUUACACAUAUAAUUAAUUAGCUCAUUAGAUGGUAGUCAGUCUCAUAUUUAAUGUAUCGAGUAAACAUUGUUCAGGUGAUUGUUUUUUUUUUGUAUUAUUCAGCCUUAACUGAAUAUUUUUUAUGUUCUGAAGUGUUGCUUGGAGAAAAUGAGUGUUUUGAUGGUGUGUUAGGAAACUGUACAUGGCAUUUUCUUAAUGUGCAGACACAGACAUACAAAUAUGUAGAAAAUGAUGAAUCAGAGAAAAAGCAAUAAUGAACAUCAUCAUGAGUUGCAGCUCUUGGUAGGUUUUGUAAAUGUUUUGACAUUUUUCACAUUUCCAUCUGAUAUUUGUUUCCACUACAGCACAGUUUAUUUAAAUAAAAUCACAUUUUUUGUA